AUGUUUUCGUGUUUCUUUCUUCAGAUUGAAUCGGAGGACGGCGAAGGUGCGAUGCACGGGGCGGAGGAGCAGGGGCAGGAGCAGGGGGCUGAAGACACAGAGAAGAACAAAGAUGAAGAAGACAUGGAGGAGGAGGAGACGGAGGAGGAGGAGGAUGGUGAAUGGGAGGAGGAGCGUAGUGAUGGCACGGAGCAAGGGCGGGGGGACGACACGGAUGAGGGCGCGAGCGAAGAUGAGCAGGCAGGGAAUGGAAAGCGGAAGCGUAGUAGCGGCAAACAAAAGGCCCCGGUCAAGAGAAGGGCUCAGCCAGCUCAGCACAACAACACCAGAAGCCGCGCACAACAGCCACCCGAGCGUCAACGAGGGGGUCCUGUGUCGGAAAAUGGCGGAAGCAAGCACGCUAAGCGUCGCUCCACGUGUAAAAACCCGUGUUGCAACAAAACACCGUCGUUCGGCGUGGAGGGCACCAAGACGGUGCAGUUCUGUUACUCGCAUGCCAGGUCGGGUAUGGUGAACCUUAAGAACAGGAGGUGUGAAAACCCGGAUUGCAACAAACAACAGCCGUCGUACGGCGUGGAGGGCACGACGAAGGGGCGGUUCUGCUUCGAACACAAGGAAGCGGGAAUGAUGAACGUCGUCGGCAAAAGGUGCGACCACCCGGAUUGCAACAAACAUCCGUCGUUCGGCGUGGAGGGCACCAAGACGGCACUGUUCUGCUCCAAGCACGCCAUGCAGGGAAUGGUGAACCUCAAGCAGAAGACGUGUGGCCAACAUGGUUGCACCACUUCGGCGACGUGCAGAGCGGAGGGCACCAAGACGGCACUGUUCUGCUCCAAGCACGCCAUGCAGGGAAUGGUGAACCUCAAGCAGAAGACGUGUGGCCAACAUGGUUGCACCACUUCGGCGACGUGCAGAGCGGAGGGCACCAAGACGGCACUGUUCUGCUCCAAGCACGCCAUGCAGGGAAUGGUGAACCUCAAGCAGAAGACGUGUGGCCAACAUGGUUGCACCACUUCGGCGACGUGCAGAGCGGAGGGCACCAAGACGGCACUGUUCUGCUCCAAGCACGCCAUGCAGGGAAUGGUGAGCGUCAGCAAGAAGUGUGGCCGCCACGGUUGCACCAAGCACCGGACGUACGGCGUGGACGGUGGGAAGCGGGAAUUUUGCGCCGAACACGCUGAGGGGGGGAUGGUGGACUUCACAGACAAGUGUAGGAGAAAGAAUACGUAAACAAACUGUCUCAAGCGUUUUGUAAGAAAUACGGUGUGGUUACUUCAGUUAGAGGGGCGGCGUGCACGCAAGCGGGUGUCCCUCCACCAUUAAUCGUGAGCCUUGAUUUUCGGGUUGGGGGAGGGGGGGCUUUGAAUAUUUUAGCGGGGACGUCGACACGCAAAAUUGUAUUGCGUUAGCAGAGUCAGUAUGCAGUGUACACGCGGUGAAAGUGACGUUUGAAGAGGUGCCUGCUGUGGACGACGAUAUGAACAUCGACGGUGAAGCAACCAAAAUCAGUUAACACGAAAGCGUUCUCACCAUCUACGUCACAUGCUUUAACAGCGCACCCAAAACGCAUAUUUGUUCGUUGGUGAUGCUGUGACGAGUGCGGAGAUCGGGGGUGAGGCGCCAACCUGGCACGGAUGGGUAGGCGUAUAUUCAGAGGGAGCAGAAACAUGGGCUUUGUGGCGCGUUC